GAACGCAGCUUGAAUCAUAGACCGGAAGUUCGUGAUAACUGAGGCGGAAGCUGGGAGUUCAACCGCGAGAAGAAAAUCUAGGAAUAGUUGAAUCGAAGAGCGGAUAAAAAACAUUAUUUAACCCGACAGAGGACGAAAUGAUGCAGCUUACAGAUUCACCGAAGGACACUUUUCAGACGGAAAUAACGAUGGUAUUUUUGUCGUUAUCAGAAACUCUUCAUGAUCCUCUCUGUUGUGUUCACGGUCAGCAUGUGUUGACAUGUUAAGGUCCUUUUUUUAUUGACGCUGCUCUUUUCAUCUGGAGGAAAACUUUAAAGUUUAAGGCGUUUCCAUGAAGGAUGUAUCCAGCAACAAAAAACAUGGACACCAUUUCCAGUGGGACUGGGAUCACAUACCAAGCCACACCUGCUGUCGGAGCCAAUGGACAGAUCAUCAUGCAGCUGAUUCCUGUUCGAACUGUGAAAGAAAACGGUGACCUGGCUCUGAUGAUGGAGUCCGAAUGUAACCCGACGCUAAAGAGGACGGCGACCGUGAGUUUUACCCCAAAACCGGUUGAGGUGGUCACCCCGGAUCCUUGUGUCACACAGUUUGUCAGGACGCAGGUUUCACUCGGGAGUGUCUUACCUAAUAAAGCAAAUUUUAAUCUUCAUAACUCAAAAGACAAACCUUCACCUCAGAAACAGUCUCUGCUUGAAGAAGUGACUCUGAUUGAAACACCUGCAGAGCUCUGUGACAUGUCAGAAAUGGACAAAUCUUCACCCACCCUGACAGAUCACAGCGUUGAGAUCUCUCCUAAUAAACAACUCCAGAGAGUCCCAGCCUCUGAGCUCCCUCCAACCAUCAGGAAACAUGUUCUCACUUCAUCAGACGAUCUGGUCUACGUUUCAACCACCCAGCCUGUGGAUGAUGAUGUUAUUCCAGUAGAAUCUUCUGUUCAAUCUUCACUGAAACAGCUCCCCAAUAAAACUCCUUUACUUCCAUCUGUUAGACCCAAACCAAGUCUGAAGUUCAUCCCACACGCUCCACAAAGACCUAACAGCCCCAUCAGGUGGAUGAUAGAGGAAGAGGAGGUCCUGGCGCCUCCUGUCCUGCCGUCUUCUGGUGUCGCUGACAAGAUUCUCCAGAAUUUGGCUGAGAGGGAAAGAGCUCAUUGGUCACAAGAUAUCUUAAAUAAUACCGUGUCUGGAGACAGAGAGGAGGACGCCUUGGUCCUCUGCAACGGGGAAGUGUUCCAAAAGUGUAGUCCAACACUUCAAACCGGAACAAGUGACUCAUCCACAAGGAGCUAUGUAUUCACCAAAACUACUUUACCCCCUCAAAAAACGCCUGCAGGGUUGUCUCAAAGUAGGAGGAUCUACAGGUUCAUCCUUCCACAAAGGUCAAAUGACGUGAUCGAUCUUUGUGACGAUGGCCAUGCUCUGAGGAAGUAUCGGCAAGCAACAUCAGCAGUCACCGUCCCUGAGGAGGACAAUGUGGUAUUCAUGUCCUACACUCCACCCGACUCAGGGUCUGGAGCAGCAGAGGACCUGAUUCAAGAAGGGGUGAACAUGAACCGUGUGAACUCGAGGGACACCCGAGAGGAGAAGUGCACGGGGAUGGAUUUAAUAACAGGCAGCGUAGACGAUGCCAGCACCUCUGACAGCAGCAGCAUGUGCUCUGCUGUCGACAUCAACACCUGGAUCAUUGAGAACUUUUAUCAUCCUGCACCAGUUUCUUUGCUGAAACCAGCAUCCCAACAUAUCUCCGACCACCUCCUCCGACGGAUGUUUGGGAUCACAGCUGAUGUUAAAAUUAUCCUGCAGAGGAUUGAUGAAGCUUCAACUGGGGCUCCUCCUGUAGUGCUUCAUCACAGUAAGUCCACACUCACAGAGGUUCACUAUCAGAAACCAACGAGCAAACCGCAUGAAGAAGAAGAACCCAGUCGCCAAGAGAGUGAGGGCUGCUGUGAACUGUCUGUAGCCUCUGUGACUCCUUACAGACUCCUCAGACCUCCCACAUGUUCACACUUUGAAACAGAAACUAAACCUCUCCCUUAUUCUGAGACUAAGAAUCCUUCAGAUCAAAGUGACGCUGAAGAGGACAUGUUGAUGGGCUACAUGGAGCCAAUAGAUGAGGAUUUGUUCAGCAUGGAUGAGAGGCACAGCCCGCACAAACAUGGUCUCAGAAAGAGGAUCAGACGAACAAGGAAGCGCACCACUUGUCCAUGUUGUGUCUCUGGCCCUCAACUUUUGGCUACGAAGCCGAGUUUAAAAACAAACUUACCAGAGAAGCUGGCGCCGCCGAAAAAAAAAGUUGAUGCAAAUAAAACCGCAAGAAAACGUGGGAGGCCGCCUGGAAAGAUCAGCUCUUUGACAGCGAAGGGGAAAAAAUCAGAGUCUGCAGAGAAGGGCGGAGCGUGGUCCACCUCUGUGGACGAGAUCAGACGACUCAGAGAGCUCCUAAAAGAAAAGGAGAAAGCGUUAAAGCGUCUGAAGAAAAACUCCAGCUACUCGUAUUUUCGACAUUGCUCAGGCAAGGCUUUUAUUCUGAAGAGGACAGCCCGGAAGUCCGCUAUAGGAAGUGAAACUAACGUCUCUGCAGACACUUCCUCUACCUCCCCCUUACCCCUGGGCUCAGUGCCGCAGAACUACCAAGUAGCUGUCGUCAUCUACCAGGGACGCAUUUACCUGUCAAUCAGGAAACCUAGGCGAAGCCAGCAGCAAAGAGAGGCAUUUGAUGCACCGCCAGCCUCCAAGUCUGCCACUCCUUCAGCAUCAGGCACAUCAGCAAAGAGCCUGAAGAAGCGCGCAGCCCCCCAGGCUCCACCCAAACCUGCGGGCAAACAACCUAAGAGGAAGAGACUGCGCAUCCCUUUGCCCCCAGGAUCCUUGAAACUGAGCCUCACCAAGAAAAACUCCACCCCGAAUCAGAAGCCGCUAAUCGGCAACAGGCCGGAGAGGACUCCAACCCAAAGUAAAGAAACACAAAGUGAAAAGAAGAAGGAUGUAACGCACAACAGAAGGGAAGGAUCUUCCUCUCAGGCUGCACCUUUUGUCCCCACAUCAGCUGACGGAGCUCACAAAGUGGACGACCAGAGUCAAAGUCAUGUUACUGCUGAACAGACUGCAGAGGAGGCAGCAGGCUGGGUGCAGGAGGAGACAAACACAAGCAGUGAGAGACAGAGCACAGGAGAAGGAGAGGCUGCAGCUACCAGUAACAUUCACACCAAUGUACAGACAGACAGCAGAGACCAUGGCAGCGCCGGUCAGAGCUGGACCAGGAGAGAGUCUCAGAGUGGGUCCUCCUCCCUACAGCAGGAGUGUGACUUUAAGGAGCUGGAACAGGAGGAGAAGAUUGCUCAGAUCAAAGCCAAACUCCGAACGCAGGAAGCAGCUCUGAAAAACAUGCCCAACUGACCCCAGAGACUUUACAGUCUGACAGUUUUUGCUCCAGGUCCUCUCCUUUUUGUCUUCCUUCAGAACAGCAUUUUGUUGUUUCCAUGAGAAUGCAUUUUAUUCUAUUUCUUGUCUCUUCUAUCAACCCCAACCCAAACAGCUGAUCUGUGCACUGCUUGUGCAGGAGUAAAGGCAGGUAAGACUUGAUACGGAGGGAUGGAGCUGUCUGGUUUCAGGUUGAAAGGUGAAAAAAUGACAAAACCAAAGCGUGCAGUCACACUUCUUUGGUACAGGACUAUUCUUUUAUCUCUUAAAGUUUGUGUUUUUUGUGACUGUCUGCAGCAGCUUCCUUGCUUGUCUUCGUCUCUGACUGUUACCUCGAUGAGCGAAUCAUUGAACCACACAUAGGAAAGAAAACUCAAACUGUUCCUUUAGUUUAGGAAGAACUAGAAAGAUGCAAAUAAUUGGACAAGGAACUAUUUUUAAAUGAAAUCCUUUAUUUGUACCGACUGCCUGAUGUGGUGACCUGGUUCCAAAAAAAAGUACGCCCCCAAACUGACUGUUGCUUUAAAACCAACAGGAGACUGUUUAUGUCUGAACUAAUUUGGCUUGCGCGACAUAUCCAGGCUGAAGUUCUUAAUAUUCAUGUAGCAUCUCCUCUCUGUGUCGCUGCAGAAAAAUAAAAUCCAGUCUGUUGUCGUCUUUGUAGACGCUCCCUGGACUCUCGAGUCACGGCAGUCUGUGCUGAGCAGCAUGUGUAAGUUUUAAAGUGCAGAGGACGGCUCACACUGAUGAUAUCUAACUAAAGUUGAAAGUUACGAUGAGUUACUGAUACCAGAAGGCUGGACCCGGUAUCUGUGAGCUGCAACAGGAAUUCACCUGAAUCAAAAACGUUCAACAUGAAACAUUUUCCUCCAGGUCCCUUCAGCUGCUCUGCUCAUUUGCCCAAGUGCCAUGUCAUUUAUUAUUUACAUAUGCAAUAUGAACUCUUUAGGCCACGUGUUUGAUGGCUUAUGAUUUGAAAAGUGACUCAAUUUGAUACGUUUCUCUUUCUGCAAAUAUGUCUGGAAUAAAGAAACAAGAGCGUCACUUUUA